AUGUCAGCGAUCUACAACGCGUGUUCCCAGCGUCGGAAAGUGCCAAGGAAGCCGAAGGAGAGCGUGACGGUGCUAAUUCCCACAGGCGGAGACCCAAAUAGCGUGAAGAACUGGCGAGCAAUUAAUCUACAGGACUGCAUAUACAAACUUUACGCAGCACUGUGGGCCACUAAGAUUACCGACUGGACAAUCCAGACCGGGGUCGCCUCCAAGUCGCAGAAGGGAUUCAUGCGAGCUCAACGGCUACCGAAGCACGUCCGUGAGGUUAUUGCUGGCCUCUAUCAAGGAGCGAGCUUCUGCAUCUCAACGAGGGAGGGCUGUACUCGACGCAUAGAUAAUCAGCAGGGAGUCAAACAACACUGCCCCCUCAGCCCCAUGCUCUUUAACCUUGCCACUGAGCCUUUGCUGCAGCGGCUAACAGCGUGCAACAAAGGCCUUGAAAUGCGUACGACGAAAGGGAAACCACCUGUGAUGGUUUCUCAUACGGCGUAUGCAGAUGACUUGAAGACUGCGGCCGCCACACGGUCGGGUAUCAGCAAACUCCACCAAGUGGUGGAAGAUUUCCUUCAAUGGACGGGACUUGAGGCGAACCCGUCCAAAUGCGCAACGCUGGGAUGGAAAGUCCAUGCGGCCAAGCAGCAACCAGACCCAGUCAAGCUCACCUUACACAAGGAGAUUUUACCACUGGUGAAGCUGGGAGAAGCCAAUAGGUACCUGAGGUUCAAAGAUGCGCUGGAAUCACCAGUUCAUCAGAACCAAAUCCUUUGUGUCAUGCGCAAGGCGAAAAAGGAUACCAGCAGGCUGUUAAGAUCAGAGCUUCUCCCCUGGCAGAAAUUAGAUGCGCUGCGCACUUUUGUACUGUCUCGACUGGAGUAUCAUCUCAGACACUGCUACUCUUAUAAACAGCACCUGGCAGCAUUCGAUAUUCACGUACGGGCCGCUCUGAAGGCAGCCUUCAAGCUCCCGAAGAGCACGGUCAAAGAGGUGAUGGAGGUCAUUAAGCGGGCAUUUGUCUACACGCCUAACGAUGAGAAUGGCGACCGCAGGGCUAUUCUUGCCUACCUUAACGGUGAAGACAUAGGAUGUGUUAGAAGGAGAAGCAAGAAGGUGGGUGUAAGAAGCCCCUGGUCAGAACUCCCAGGAAUUAUAUCGAUGAGCAAGACGCGAAUCGUAACUGGGACCAAUGGCUACUAUGUGCUUCAGAAAGCAGAUGGCGCCGCUCCAGACCAGAAGCAGCUCAUUAGGAGUAUUAAACAGCAUAUAGUGGAGCGGCAGAGGGAUGUGUGGAAAGAGAAGGUGGAUCAAGGAAAAUCUGUGGCCUAUCAGUCAGCGGAUAGUAAUUCUUUUCUACUGGGACCGGCUCGUCUUAAGCCAGAAGAAAUCAUCUUCGCCAUCAGGACGAGAUCUGCGCAGCUUCCCACACGUGCAUACCUCAAACGAAUCGGUGUAACGAAGGUAUCCCGUUGCCGCCACUGCACAGCUGACCCUGAAUCCCUCGCUCAUAUCCUCAACCACUGCCCGCACAACAUUGACAGUAAGAUAAAAGCAAGACACAACAAGGCACUGGAGGGGAUUACAACAGCCAUAAAACACAGCGUGGGGAACAGGGGGAAAACACUCUUGACUGACAGUUGCCCGGACGACAUGGAGACACGCUUGAGACCAGACAUCAUCCUGCGAGAUGAAAGGACGAAGACAAUGAAGAUUGCAGAUGUCGCGGUUGUCUUCGAAGACUACAAGAAAAGCUCGCUCGGGUCCGCCUGUAUUCAGAAGGAAGAAAAAUACAAGGAUCUCAAGACACAUUCUGAAAAACGUGGAUAUCGGGUAUCAGUGCAUGCGUUGGUAUAUGGCUCUCUCGGCUGUAUAGCACAAGAAAACAGAAAGGUGCUUACAGAAAACCUAGGCAUUGCGGAACGCACUACAUGGGUCUUACAACGCAAUAUUAGCACUGAUUGUAUCCGGUAUAGCAAUCAGAUCUGGGGUUUUCAUAUCGCUGACAACGGUUCACGACGAGCUCGAGGCAGAGGCCGUCCCCACGCAAACAGCACACAGUAA